AUGAGCGCGGCGUUGGCGCAGCUGCUGCUGCUGCUGCUGGGGGGCGCGCGGCGGCGGCGCUGGGGUGUAUGUACAGCUGGCGCGGGGUGUCUGUGGACUUUGGCGGCCGCGUUUGGGCUCGUUGGAAAGCCCUGCUGCUGCUGGGGGUCGGCAGCAGCAGCGCAGCAGCAGCAGCAAGCCGAGGAGCCCCCAAAAAGGCCCUACAGUUUGGAAGAAGUGCAGCAAACUCUGGAGUUGUGGUGGCCGGAGAGCGCCGUGUUCGACUUCGACGCGGCGCUGGCGCGGGCGCGGCCGCGGGCGCUGCGGCGCGGCCCCUGGGGUGUACAGACACUCGACAAGCUGCUGCUGCAGCAGCAGCUCAACGUGGAAAUGGAGAAGUUCGUGGCGCAGCAGUUUGCUGCGCUGCAGCGCGAAGACUUGCUGCUGCAGCAGGUCCCGCUGCUCGCAGACUGGGACGUGCUGCUGCUGCUGCGGCAGCAGCUAACUGCCAAAAGGGUCAAAACUUCUCUUUCCGAAUUCCAAAUUAAUUCCAUUUUCCAGGGGGCCCCCCGACUGUACCCUUGGCUGCCCCUCCCCUCCUGCCCCCGCCAGCCCCGCUCUUGGGGGGCCCUCAAGGGGGCCCUCAGCCCCACUUGUUCCCCCGACGAGGGACCCACGCUCCUCUGA